AUGCUGCCGGGGGCUCCUGGCCGGGCGGGCUGCGGCGCGAAUCAGGGGCUCGGAGGCGGACAGGCUUUUAAUACGACCCGGGCGGGGACGGGGCGGGGCCGCCACGGCAGGUCGCCGAGCACCCGAGCCAGGUGCUGCCCGUGCGCGCGCCCGCGCGCGCGCGAGCUCGACCCGCAGCGACGGGACGCACAGCCCGGGCUCCCCCGGGAGCGGGGACAGAGGUGGGAGCAGUGGGUGGGGCGAAGGCGCCGCCCCUCUGCGGACUCCCCCGCCUCCCGGACGGCGCUGCUGCCUCGCCCGCUUCGUCCCCUUGAACGGAGAAGAAAAGGCGGGCACCUAAGGCUGAGAACCCGCCACAGCCGGACUGGCGACACCCCAGGGCGAAGAGGUACCCGCCUGCACCGUGGACCGGGAGCAGGUGGUCUGGUCGACUGUCCCAGGUGGGACCCCCCGACGACAGCCAGGAUCAGCGCCCCCCGAGUGAGCACGGUGCCGUGGACACCCAGCCCAGUCCGGCCUUCACAUGAUGGCAGCCCCACCCACAACUGUCUGGGCACCCCCAGCAAGGACCUCCCAGAAAGCCCAGAGACACAUCCUCAUCCUCCAGACGUCCUCCGACUGCAGAGCCCACCACUCCAGGAAUUAGGGCACAACUUACCAGCUCACUCCGCACUCUGCGUCUCUUCCUCGUUGAGUGACCAGGCCGGAGGGAGCGUGGGGACAAGGUUUCGGACACGUCACUCAACCUCCCUGCGCCUGGUCUGCAUGCCGAUCACAGUCCAGAUCUACAGGCUCGAUUCCACUCAGGCUGACAUUUGGCAGGAGACACCCAGCCGCCGCCGCCUGCAGCCCCUGUCGGAACACGAGGAAACCUGA